CGACUGUGUGUCCGUCUACGAGCGGCCAAGCUUUAUACGGACGGGGCCUGCUUCCACAACUCAUCUACCCACUCCGCCCACGCAGGGUUCGCCACACGAUACUUUUCGACCUCGGCCACCUUGUCGCCUUCCUUCACCCCCGGCGGCAGCGGGAUCAUCUGGAUCAUCUGGAUCAGCCGGCCCUGCCAGGUCUCAGCCCACAUGCUGCCCUCCGGUGGUGCCAGUUCUGCUGUGGGCUCCUCCUCUUUCUUCUCGUACUGCUUGAGCAAUUCUGUUGUUUCGGGCGUCAGCAGCACCUUCAGAUCGCCUCCCUCCAAAGCUGCCCGCAGAUUUGCAAAGGUGACUGGCUUGCCGCUGUUGUCUUGCUCCUCCUCCACCUCAUCGUCAGCCGCUGAGCCGCCCUUCUUUCCUUUGCCCUUGCCGCCCUUCUUGCCCUUGCCGCCCUUCUUCCCGCCGUCCUCCCCUUUGCCCUUCCCUUUGCCCGCCUUGGCCGACUGUUUGGCCGUCUUGUUGAUGGUCUUCUUCACACGGAGAGCGUCGCGAUGGUCCAAUAUCUUCUGCGUGAGCCUGGGUGCGACCACCUGGGUCAAACAAGCGGACACACUGCCAGACUCCAUGAAGCAGCGCAUCCCCUUCUCUCGCACACCUUUUUUGGCGUUGGUUUCUUCUCCAGCUCCUGCCCGACCGACAAUAUGACGUAUCCAGAAUCACCAAACAGCUCUUUCAACCCGUAAUCGCUGCACCACACACAUGCCAUCAAAAUCUUUUGGCUCUGCAGGUGCAUUCUUCUUACGUUUCGGCCCGCAGGUCCACUGGCGGCGUCACUGAGUAACACAAACGCCAAUUCUCCGAGACCAGCUUCAGUUCGCCAUCCUUUAUGAUUACGUAGCCAUCCUUGCGGCUCACGUCCAGCGAGUUCAUUUUUUUGUCGAAGCCACCGAGUUUCUCGCCGAUAUCUAUGUACUCCACCUCGAACACGCGUGUUUGCGCUGCACUGCAGCCCACCGAGAGGACCAGGAAAACGAAAACUGUCAUCAU